CUCAAGAAGAAGAACAAGAAGUGCGCUAGAAUGGAUGUUAGGACAGUAACAUAGUGAGCUUGAUGAAUGAGUACACUUCUGUGGAAGAGAUGAAGGUUAAAAUAAAGCAGUGGAAUGGUGUGGCGUCGUGGUUGUGGGUGGCCAACGAUGAGAACUGCGGCAUCUGCAGAGCACCUUUCAACGGCUGUUGCCCAGACUGUAAGGUCCCAGGAGAUGAUUGUCCGUUGGUUUGGGGUCAGUGCUCUCACUGUUUCCACAUGCACUGCAUCCUGAAGUGGCUGAACUCUCAGCAAGUGCAGCAGCAGUGCCCAAUGUGCCGCCAGGAGUGGAAGUUUAAAGAGGGAGACACUUCCUGAGGAGAUUAAAUAAUUGCACACUCAGAUCGAUUCUUUUGUUUGUUUAUUGUACAAUGGUAUAUUUUACAUCCUACAGAUGUAGAAUUUUGAUUAAAUAUCCCACAAAAUGAAAAUAUUUUUAAAAACACAUGGUAUGGUUUUGUACAAAGAAGCUGAUAUCACUGAUAAAGUAACUGCAUUUUGCAGUCCAACAGUCAUUUUAAAUUAUGAACACAGUACAGA